AUGUUUGUCACUCGACUGAAGCGGUCGCGUUUUGCCCGAUUGUUCAAUUUGCCGAGUAGUUGCCCGUCUGCGGCAAAAGGAGGGAACAUCUCUUACGAUUUUCCAUUUACAGGCCCCACUCUCAGAAAAAUAGCGAUCUUCAAUCCAGAAGAUGGAAAGCUGAUAAUGAAUUGCCCACAAUGCGCAAUGACAAGGUGGCCGGACGGACAUCCUCCCGCGGCUCGGAGGGUUUUCCGGUUGAGAAUGGUGACUGUAGCACCGGCGGCAUUCCUAGCGGUUACUUGCCUCGCUAGCAUUGGUGUCACUUUAGCGUUCGCUUUCUUGGCGUUCAAUUUACAUUUUCGCAAACACAAGAGCAUAAAGCUUUCGAGUCCUAGACUGAACAAUAUGGCCGCCGUUGGCUGUGGUUUGGUCUACGGUGCGGUCAUACUUUUGGGCUUGGAUCACGCCACCCUACCAGACAGCAACGAUUACUAUCCUACAGUCUGCACGGCAAGAGUGUACCUGUUGUCUGCUGGAUUUUCCUUGGCUUUUGGCUCGAUGUUUACCAAGACCUAUCGCGUCCAUCGAAUUUUCACAAGAAGCAGAAGCGGCGUUGUCAAGAACAAGCUACUUCAGGAUACUCAGCUUAUAAGUUUAAUUUGCGUCCUCCUGCUAAUAGACGGUCUCGUGGUGACCCUGUGGGUGACCUUCGACCCUAUGCAACGUCAUCUCCGGAACUUGACUCUGGAGAUUAGCCCACAGGAUAGAGGCGUAGUCUACCAACCUCAGGUAGAGGUGUGCCGUUCUCAACACACGAACAGCUGGUUGGGCGCGCUCUACAUUUACAAAGGCUUAUUGCUGAUCGUCGGCGUGUACAUGGCUUGGGAAACGAGACAUGUGAAAAUACCGGCUUUGAACGACUCGCAAUACAUCGGCAUGAGUGUUUAUUUCGUAGUGAUCACUUCGGGGAUCGUAGUGGUACUGGCAAAUUUGAUGUCUGAUCGCGCAACCUUGGCCUUUGUUACGAUUACCGCUCUGAUCUUGGCUUCAACGACCGCGACGCUGGCGUUGCUGUUUCUCCCUCAGUUAACAAACAUUUUGGCUGGUGAAAGGGCCGAUCCCGUUGUGCAGAGUCUCGGCCUGAAGAUCGAAUGCAAUACGAGAAGAUUCGUGACCGAUGAUAGAACCGAGCUUCAGUACCGCGUGGAAGUGCAGAACCGCGUGUACCGUCGUGAAAUGGCGCAGCUGGAACUGGAAUUGGCCAGAUUGGAGAAACAAUUGGCACAGGAACCGGUUGAACCAUCGCACGCUUCGUCAAGCGCAUCGAUUCCACAACGCAAUCCCAGCAUCGGGGGUGGUCUACCUUUGUUAUUGCUCAGCGUCCUCCCACCGGUCAUCCCUAGGGCUAGCUGGCCGUCCGCUGAUUCGUCUGGAAUACGCCGCGGUACUGUAGCGUUUAGCAGCCAACCAGAUUUGGAGCCGGACGGCACGAGAAAAAGCCUCGCAGACAUUUACAAACUUCAUCGGCGAAGAGAGACGGAAGGACCAAAUCGUUUGGGCGUUUUUCAGCGACUCUUCAGUCUUUUCGGCAGUCGUCCAACAAGCAGGAAAACUUCUACCACAUCAUUUACGGGAGUAGCAUCGGCACUACGGCUUCAUAUGGGCUACAUCGCUGGUUUGGUACCAGGCACGAAGGCAGCAUCUACCUGUCAAGUUAAUGCCCAAGGCAGUCGUUCGCCUCAUCCUCGAUGUGGCUCAGGACCAAUAAUUAGUAUUACUAGCGAAGAAGAUCGCAGAUUAAGCUUGGGGCUACGUCGUAAAGAGUACAGCGAGCCCAGAGUCAAUUUCAGCCUACCACCCAAAGCGAGCACCAGCCAAACAUCGUCACGGGAAAAAAUUCGAGGAUCUCCGCGGUUUCCUCAUCGGAUAGUGCCGACAAACAGCUUGAACACGAUCACGCCAGGAUCCUCGAUCUCGAGAUCUCAUCGAUGGCAUUCCAUGGAAGACGCGAGAAAAAGCAAAGUCUCUCAAUUCCCUCGCGGCUCGUCGUGUGGCCCUAGCAGCGACGUAUGGGCCACUCGUGAAUUUGGAAUCCCAUUAAGCGAAUUGGGAAACAGUGCUCGAGGUAGAAAAACAUCGGAAUCAUUGGCCCUAACCAUUAUGGCGGAGUCGAGUGUAAAUCCUGACAACGCGAAGCUUGGUAACAAUUUGAAAAAACUGUUCGAAGAGAGCGGUACACAAGGCGACAUUAGUCCUGCCGACUCGGAGCUGAAAAUCACUCGAUCAAUUUCCUCCUCAUCCUCAUCGCCGACAAACACUAGGACAUCGAGUGCUACAAAUGGCGUGUCAUCUUUUAGAAAAGAAUCCAGUUCCGAAUCUGCCCAAUUAGAUACAAGUACAAACUUUGUUCAGAAGUUAGAGUGUUCUCGACCCUCGAGCCCCACAAUUCAUGCGAUCAAUCUAGAUGCCCCUUCAAAGACGGAUAAUUGUACGAAUGCAACGUGCGAAGAUGGAAAAUCAACUGCCGUGUAGAUUAAAA